UUUUUAGUAGAGACGGAGUUUCACCAUGUUGCCCAGGCUGGUCUUGAACUCCUGAACUCAGGUGAUCUGCCUGCCUUGGACUCCCAAAGUGCCGGGAUUACAGGCCUGAGCCACCGCGCCUGGCCUCUUAACCUGAACUCUUAUAGGAAACAUUAUUCUUGGCCGGGCGUGGUGGCUCUUGCCUGUAAUCACAGCACUUUGGGAGGCCAAGGUGGGCAGAUCACUUGAGGCCAGGAGUUCGAGACCAGCCUGGCCAACAUGAUGAAACCCCAUCUCUACUAAAAAUACAAAAAUUAGCCAGUGUGGUGGCUCAUGCCUGUAAUCCCAGCACUUUGGGAGGUCUAGGCAGGUGGAUCACUUGAGGUCAGGAGUUCGACACCAGCCUAGCCAACAUGGUGAAACCCCAUCUCUACUAAACAGAAAAAAAAAAAAAAUUAGCCGGGUGUGGUGGUGGGCGCCUGUAAUCCCAGCUACUUGGGAGGCUGAGGCAGGAGAAUCCCUUGAACCCGGGAGGCAGAGAUUGUAGUGAGCCGAGAUUGUGCAACUACACUCCAGCCUGGGCAACAGAGCAAGACUCCAUCUCAAAAAAAAAAAAAGAAAAGAAAAGAAAAAGAAAGAAACAUCAGUCUUGACAACUUGAGGAGCGAGGAUGGCAGUCAACAAAGGCCUCACCUUGCUGGAUGGAGACCUCCCUGAGCAGGAGAAUGUGCUGCAGCGGGUCCUGCAGCUGCCGGUGGUGAGUGGCACCUGCGAAUGCUUCCAGAAGACCUACACCAGCACUAAGGAAGCCCACCCCCUGGUGGCCUCUGUGUGCAAUGCCUAUGAGAAGGGCGUGCAGAGUGCCAGUAGCUUGGCUGCCUGGAGCAUGGAGCCGGUGGUCCGCAGGCUGUCCACCCAGUUCACAGCUGCCAAUGAGCUGGCCUGCCGAGGCUUGGACCACCUGGAGGAAAAGAUCCCCGCCCUCCAGUACCCCCCUGAAAAGAUUGCUUCUGAGCUGAAGGACACCAUCUCCACCCGCCUCCGCAGUGCCAGAAACAGCAUCAGUGUUCCCAUCGCGAGCACUUCAGACAAGGUCCUGGGGGCCGCUUUGGCCGGGUGCGAGCUUGCCUGGGGGGUGGCCAGAGACACUGCGGAAUUUGCUGCCAACACUCGAGCUGGCCGACUGGCUUCUGGAGGGGCCGACUUGGCCUUGGGCAGCAUUGAGAAGGUGGUGGAGCACCUCCUCCCUCCAGACAAGGAAGAGUCAGCCCCUGCUCCUGGACACCAGCAAGCCCAGAAGUCUCCCAAGGCCAAGCCAAGCCUCUUGAGCAGGGUUGGGGCUCUGACCAACACCCUCUCUCGAUACACCGUGCAGACCAUGGCCCGGGCCCUGGAGCAGGGCCACACCGUGGCCAUGUGGAUCCCAGGCGUGGUGCCCCUGAGCAGCCUGGCCCAGUGGGGUGCCUCAGUGGCCAUGCAGGCGGUGUCCCGGCGGAGGAGCGAAGUGCGGGUACCCUGGCUGCACAGCCUCGCAGCCGCCCAGGAGGAGGAUCAUGAGGACCAGACAGACACGGAGGGAGAGGACACGGAGGAGGAGGAAGAAUUGGAGACUGAGGAGAACAAGUUCAGUGAGGUAGCAGCCCUGCCAGGCCCUCGAGGCUUCCUGGGUGGUGUGGCACAUACCCUGCAGAAGACCCUCCAGACCACCAUCUCGGCUGUGACAUGGGCACCUGCAGCUGUGCUGGGCAUGGCAGGGAGAGUGCUGCACCUCACACCAGCCCCUGCUGUCUCCUCAACCAAGGGGAGGGCCAUGUCCCUAUCAGAUGCCCUGAAGGGCGUUACUGACAACGUGGUGGACACAGUGGUGCAUUACGUGCCGCUCCCCAGGCUGUCGCUGAUGGAGCCCGAGAGCGAAUUCCGGGACAUCGACAACCCACCAGCCGAGGUCGAGCGCCGGGAGGCGGAGCGCAGGGCGUCUGGGGCGCCGUCCGCCGGCCCGGAGCCCGCCCCGCGUCUCGCACAGCCCCGCCGCAGCCUGCGCAGCGCGCAGAGCCCCGGCGCGCCCCCCGGCCCGGGCCUGGAGGACAAAGUCGCCACGCCCGCAGCGCCGCGCCCGGGCUUCCCGGCCGUGCCCCGCGAGAAGCCAAAGCGCAGGGUCAGCGACAGCUUCUUCCGGCCCAGCGUCAUGGAGCCCAUUCUGGGCCGCACGCAGUACAGCCAGCUGCGCAAGAAGAGCUGAGUCGCCGCACCAGCCGCCGCGCCCCGGGCCGGCGGGUUUCUCUAACAAAUAAACAGAACCCGCGCUGCCCAGGUGAGCGUUGCCACUUUCAAAGUGGUCCCCUGGGGACCUCAGCCUCAUCCCGAUGAUGCUGCCAAGGCGCACUUUUUUUUUUUUUUUUUUUUUUUUUAGCAUCCUUUUGGGGCUUCACUCUCAGAGCCAGUUUUUAAGGGACACCAGAGCCGCAGCCUGCUCUGAUUCUAUGGCUUGGUUUUUACUAAAAGAGUAAUUGCCUAACUUGAUUUUUCAUCUCUUUAACCAAACUUGUGGCCAAAAGACAUUUGACCAUUUCCAAAAUUCAGAUUCUGCCUCUGUGGAUAAAUAUUUGCCACGAAUGAGUAACUCCUGUCACCACUCUGAAGGUCCAGACAGAAGGUUUUGACACAUUCUUAGCACUGAACUCCUCUGUGAUCUAGGAUGAUAUGUUCACCCUCUGAUGAACAUCCUCUGAUGAUCUAGGCUCCCAGCAGACUACUUUGAAGGGAACAAUCAGAUGCAAAAGCUCUUGGGUGUUUAUUUAAAAUACUAGUGUCACUUUCUGAGUACCCACCGCUUCACAGGCUGAGUCCAGGCCUGUGUGCUUUGUAGAGCCAGCUGCUUGCUCACAGCCACAUUUCCAUUUGCAUCAUUACUGCCUUCACCUGCAUAGUCACUCUUUUGAUGCUGGGGAACCAAAAUGGUGAUGAUAUAUAGACUUUAUGUAUAGCCACAGUUCAUCCCCAACCCUAGUCUUUGAAAUGUUAACAUUAGAUAAAUCUAGAAAAUGCAUUCAUACAAUUACAGAAUUCAAACAUUGCAAAAGGGUGUGUGUCUUUCUCCCCGAGCUCCCCUGUUCCCCUUCAUUGAAAACCACCACGGUGCCAUCUCUUGUGUAUGCAGGGCUAUGCACCUGCAGGCAUGUGUGUAUGCACUCCCCGCUUGUGUUUACACAAGCUGUGGGGUGUUACGCAUGCCUGCUUUUUUCACUUAAUAAUACAGCUUGGAGAGAUUUUUGUAUCACAUUAUAAAUCCCACUCGCUCUUUUUGAUGGCCACAUAAUAACAACUGCAUAAUAUGGAUACGCCUUAUUUGAUUUAACUAGUUCCCUAAUGAUGGACUUUUAAGUUGUUUCCUUUUUUUUUCUUUUUUGCUACUGCGAACAGUGCUAUAAUAAAUGUCCUUAUCAAAAAUG